UGAUCUUCAGGUUGGUGAUCUAGAAAGAUGUCAGAGUUUCCGACUUGGAAUUCCGAUUGUUCCCAGUGUGGAGCUCGUUAUGUUCAAGUUCCCAUUGGUCGUGAACGGGCUGAAGUCUGAGAUUUUCGCGUUCAGAGUUGUUUUGAACGCGACAUAUGUCCCAAGACACAAGGCAAGAUGGUAUACUAUAUAAUAAGUGUAGGCUAUUUGUCGGGUGUUUUGUUUUCUUCUUUCGCCUAUGACGUAAUCUGGUCUAGAAAUACGUCACUUGAAUUUGAGCGUGACAGGACUUCUUGGGUCAGUUCUUCAUCAAGGAGUCAGUCAGUUUCAGGCCUAACUACCAUCAGCUAGGAAAGGACACCCGCUCAGACUUCGUGAGGUCAAGUCUGUCACAGAUGCGAAUGUAGACUAAUCCACGAGACAACUUCAUCCUAAAAAUGUCUGACUACAUUGUGAAGAUCGAGGGAACUGGUCCCGAGGAGUCCGAGGCAUCCCCUGAGAAGUCCAGGGACCCGUCACCUGAGCCUGCUGUCCUGCCCAUGACAGAUGUGUCCUUCCCUGGAGCAAUGGAACACACGAAUGAGAUGCUUAGCACCUUGGAUCAAGUGAUGGACAGUCAAACACAAGAAAAUGGUGAACAAGUGGAAGCAACUGAAAGUCAGAGAAAGAGACUAAAGGGAAACCUAGGUUUGUCCUCUGUUGGGUGUUCACUUGGAUGUAUUCCAAGCUUUGACUCAGUGUCCCUUACAUCUACAGUCAACACAGAUAACAACUCAGGGGAGAGCUUAGAACAACUGCAGUACCAAGCGGCCCUGAGGGAGGAUACAUGUGAUGAGGUGGAGGUCAAGGUGCUAGAUAUCGACUUAUCUUCAUUCACCCUGAACCGGAUUUCCUUCUCCAGUAUUCUUCAGGAGGAGAACGACAGAGUGCUGGACAAGGACACUAUGGAUUGUCGCUCUCUCUCGAGAACAGUUCGCUUUGAAAGCAGCCCAAUUCCGGAGAGGAGUGGAAGCUUGAAGACGUAUUGCAGUAGUGUACGGUCGCCCACCCCGUACCAGUCAAGAUUAUCCCUUACCUCCACUGAGGCACAUGAUCAGGUUGCACACAGCUCAGGCACACAAGUGAGCCUCCAAAUCCUGAUGGACCCACUGGAGGAGCUUUUUGGUAUCACUCAGGAUAUGAUAUACACAGACGUCCAUGAUAGAGUGAUUGAAGUGUUGCAGGACAUCUACUCGGCGGCUAACCAGCUAGAGCAACAGCUAUUCCAGAGUGUCUCUGACAGGCAAGCUAGAGCCAUUGUAAAGGCCGUAGUGCAGCAGAUCAAUGCCUGCCUGUCCAGGGCUCUCCAACAAACCUGCUCGGGAUCACAAUUACUUACUAUAGUGGGAUCUGCCAAGCUCUAUAGCAAAGAUGGGUUGGCAGCGGUGGAGGGCCAAGGAGUUCCUUUGAUCACCUCGUCAGCAGAGGGAGACAGGGAUGGCAACAAGGAAGGAAGUAGACCGUUGAAACGUUGUUUUAACAGCUUUGUUCGUGUUUUGUCAGCAAAAAUGAGGAGUAUCUCCAAGGGGAUCAAACAGAGCAGCGAGAGUGCACAACAAGAGCACAGGCUAGUUGUUGAACUGCCAGCAUCAUCUGACGAGGGUACAGAGCAAGAGGCAGCAGAGAAAGCUGGAUCUAGUACAGUUUCUGAACCCGCUAGGGAGGAGAUCACAGAGGUCAGUGAAGUUCUUCAGUCGGAAUCUGAGGAUUCUCUACUUCCCUCCAUCGGGGGAAUGCUCUUCCACGUUGGAUCCAUGCCUCAUACAGAGAAUUCAGUGGAACUAUACGGCAAGGUCCCAUCAAAGUUAACACCAGAAAGUAUGGUGCAGGAAGAACGUGUUGAUGAAGGCUUGUCUAAGGUUUGUUCCAGGACAACUUCUUCAACCAGCACCACUUUCAGCAUGGACGAUGUCCAGAAGACUGUUGCUACUUUGACCACUUCUGGAAGUGACAGGGGUAGAAGCAUUAUCACUACCCCAGAAACGCCAGAGCAGAGUCUGCACCACCAGGGAGGUGGACUGGACAGCCCUGUCUCCUCAGAGAGAAGAGUGGCUGAAAGUGGCAGAAAGAGCCCUGCAACUUGGUCAGACGCAGAGGGAGUAAGUUAUGCAAAAAAGUCUGUGUCGGAGUUAAUGGAGAGGAUGGUGCUCAGCCGUGAGGAUGCAGCGUCAGCAGAGAAGAGCCUGGACAUCCUCCUCUCCUCUGGUAUUCUUCGUCCUCACACUGACAAGUUAGUCGACCAGCUGCGAAAACUUUUGAUGGUGAACAGCACACUUACAGCACAAUCUGUGUCUGGCAGGUCAAAAUCAGAAUCUGCUCUGCCCAAGUCCAGCAUGACAGGGGAACUCCAAAGGGAGAUCUCAAGGAACGGUUUGCUGGAGAUAGCAUAUACUAUCACCGAGAGAUCUAUAAAGACCCUUUUGGAGCAGCUGCUCACUGCCCUCCUCCCUCCAUCUGUAGUGGUUGAGGUUGCCAGGUCAUGUCAGAACAUCCGACCAGUCACUCCCUCUCAGGUGAUGAGUUCUGAAGUUAGCCCAGGGUGCUGCAACCCUCUGUCAAUGAUUUGCCGUGUGAUCAUAGAUGUCUUUACGAUCACAAGACAGGUGGUUGAGACAGCCAGUGAAAUGGAUAUGUCUCCCCCCGGAGAGAACAUUGAUGGAAGGCUUUGUAGCAACACAGCACCACUGCCCACUGAUUCAACCCCAUCUGUCCACCCGAUCAACCGUGAGUGCAACAGAUCUUUGGUGACCAAACCAACAAACAAAGUCAAGAGCUUGACAUUCUCAUUUCCUAAGCUCCCAAAGAUCAGUCUCAUAAAGAGCAAGAAAGUCAACCAAGGGGAUAUCGCUCCCCUUGAGACCACCAAGGAUCCUGCUGAUGUCGACUAUAGUAUAUUCUGCACUACUCCAACACCAGAGAAUGCACAACGACAAGAGGAAGAUCUGGCCUCCUGCUCCUCACAGAGGAAGGAAAGGCCAAAGAACCCAUUCUUUUUAAUCCGGGUAUACUCUGCCAAGUCUAGGCAUGAAAACAGCUAGCGUCAGUAGAAAUGUCCUUUUGGUUAUUUAGCAACACAACCAGAGGACCAUCUCGCCACCUACUCCACAACGAGGAAGGAGAGGCUCAAGAAGUGUUCAUUUUCACUGCCAUAGCCAAUCAUAUAAACUCAGUCCUACUGACAUCCCACUGGGCAAAAAAAUGGUUUAAUAAUCAACAUCGCUUCCACAUCAUCUCAACACACUAAAAAAUCUACACGAUGAACUGAUAGGAUUUACAACAAGUCAUGAACCAGGGAAUUUCGUCUUUUUUUCACCCAACUUUUAAUCUGAAUCCAAUGACAUGGUGAUUUUUUUUUUUUUUUUACGUUGAAGUGACGUUAGUUGACAACUCAACCAAAUGUAAAUCAAAACUAGAUGUUGAACUGACAUCUGUGCCCAGUGGGAUUUGCUGUUGUCAGUCUUCUACACGGGUUUUGCAACUACAUCAGAGGACCAUCUUGCCUCCUACUCCCCAACAAGGAAGAAGAGGCCCAAUAAUUGUUACUUUUUUGUCAACCAGUCCUUUCAACUCUUUCAAAACUAAUUUCAAAACUCUUCUUUCACCUAUUAAUCUCAUUCACGAAGCUUCCAAAGAAAUAUCUCAACAAAAAUUGUCUACACCACCACCAGAGGAGGAAUUUGCCUCCUGCUCGCCAAUGAGGAAGGAGAUGCCCAUGAAGCGUAUAUUCACUUCCUUCAAUAAUAAACUGCCACUUCAUGCAUUCAUGAGUCCUUUAGUGAAAUGUAUAUAUUUUUUAAAGUAAAGUAGAGUGGAGAGAUCGACAAAGAAGAUAAUUAAUGGGCAUUCAAAGUUCAAAGAAAUCCUUCAUGACAUUCUAUGAGUCUUAAUCCAGUGGUGGAGUUCAAAACGGACUAUAUAGGUCUGGCUGCCAAGUCUGUAAAUCCUGUUCUAAUCUAUUCUCCCCUUUGGACUCAAAUAUUGAUAAAGUCCCUGGCAGUCAGGUUCAUGUGUGACACGAAUGGUCUGACAAGAAUUUUUGCUAUGAGUAAUACACCAUUGCAAACCAUGAGGCAAUCUGACCAUAAAUAAAUAGGCUUGCCAUUAUAUACUGUGAUCCUGGCUUUAAUCACACAUUCAUAUACAGUAGCUACAUCUAUCAUAUAAACACACUCUAAAGCCUGCUUCCCAUCAGAAUGUGCCUUGUUGAUCAGAGUCCAGUGGGAGUCAUGAGGCUGGAGCACGAAGUCUCAAUGGGUGUUAAGGGCUGUGGAGAUGGAGGUUGCCCCCUCCUCAGGGAGAAGCUGGGUUGCCUGCGUCAAGAGAACGACUCCCUGGAGAACAGACAGCUCAUUAGGGACCUGGAGGUGGCCCAGAUUGAACUAGGCAGCUCCAAGACCAAGUGAGGCAGCUGGAGACAGCGCUGGCCUGUAGAGAUGGAGGCCAAGGAUCGGUACCAGAGACAGCGCUGGCCUGUAGAGAUGGAGGCCAAGGAUCGGUACCAGAGACAGCGCUGGCCUGUAGAGAUGGAGGCCAAGGAUCGGUACCAGAGACAGCGCUGGCCUGUAGAGAUGGAGGCCAAGGAUCGGUACCAGAGACAGCGCUGGCCUGUAGAGAUGGAGGCCAAGGAUCGGUACCAGAGACAGCGCUGGCCUGUAGAGAUGGAGGACAAGGAUUGGUAUCAGAGACAGCGCUGGCCUGUAGAGAUGGAGGCCAAGGAUCGGUACCAGAGACAACGCUGGCCUGUAGAGAUGGAGGCCAAGGAUCAGUACCAGAGACAGCGCUGGCCUGUAGAGAUGGAGGCCAAGGAUCAGUACCAGAGACAGCUGGACAUCAAGAGCCACGAGGUGUCUGCGUUGGAGCUGGAGUGGGCGCGCUUGUCUAUAGAUGAGGAGCUGACAAGGAGGUGCAGGAGAAGAGGACACCCGGCUGCACAGCUCCCCCGGCUGCACAGCUCUCCCGGCUGCACAGCUCCCCCGGCUGCACA